AUGCAGCAGCAUAGCUGCACCUUCAUUAAUUCCUUUCCAGACUAUGUGCUCGACCGGACGAUUGUGAUCAACGGUGGCCACGAGCACCAGGUGAGCGGAUAUAAGUUGGCCCGAGCGAGCAGCUAUUUCAAACGGGAGCUAAUUCAACUGCGACGCGGGGAAUUGGAGAGAUCGCAAAAAAAGGAGGAUCAAGAGCACUCCAGACGACUGUCACGUCGAGCUCGAGCCCGCAGCCUCUGCGACCUGGAACCGCAGCCGUUGCAGAUUGCCUACGAGGAUGUGACAGGUCUCGAGGCCGUCCUCUCUUUCAUCCACUCCACACCCGAGGUGUUGCAGCGGAAGUUGCCCUCGGUCGUUUCUCCGGUCAACGUCCACUUGAUGCUCAAGGCUGGACUGCACUUUGAGGUGCCCAGUUUCCUUGACUUCUGUCUCGAGGUGAUUCAAGGCAAGCAGGACCUCAACACCACCUGGCAGUACUGGAGGAUUGGAGAGGAGCUGAGCUCCCAUCUGCCUGCUCUGCAGGCCAUCACAUCGCGCUACCUCUUGACGCAUUUUCUGGCGGCGGCCAAAAGUUCCGACAACUUUCUCGAGAUCAGCUCACAGGAUCUGCAAAAGUUGCUGCGUGACGACGGUCUCCAAUGCUCUCGGGAGAGUCAACUUUUCCCCAUCCUUGUGCGCUGGAUCGAGCAUGACGUAGAGACUCGCGGCGCUGAGAUGCCCAGCCUCUUAAAUGGCCUCCGCCUGGGCCGGCUGACGCAGGACGAGCUGAUGGUGAUUUCGUCGAAUCCCCACGUCCAGAUGCACUGGGACAAGUGUAGCCCCCUCCUCACGCUCAGCAUGUUCAGUCUGGACGGGGCGAGCUCGAGUCCGACCGGCAUGGUGGCGCCGAGUUCAGGCGACGAGACGGAGGCGAAGGCCUACUUCAACCGGUCCCGUCUGCCCUACGAGUCUAUCUUCGUGGUUGGCGGCUGGGAAGGCAACCAGGAUGACCCGAACUUCGGCCCGUCCAGGGCGAUCCAAAUCUACGAUCCACGCUCGGAUACUUGGCGUCGUGAAGACCUCGCCCUCGACGAGGGACAUGCGUAUUCCGGGUGUGUGCUCUACAAAAACUGCAUUUACGUCGUAGGCGGUUAUGUGUCGACGGGACCCACACAGACCCUGAAGAAGCUGGACUUGACAACCUGUGCCUGGAAGUACCUGUCGCCGAUGCACGAGAAGCGCAACUACGUAUCCACCUGUUUGUUGAAUGAGUCCCUCUACGCUCUGGGCGGACACAAUGGUCGACAUCGGCUCAACUCGGUGGAGCGCUAUGAUCCCGAUCAGAACCACUGGGCUUUCAUCGCUGCCAUGUUGCAGGUGCGCAGCGAUGCCGGCGCUGACGCUGUUCAGGGCCGGAUCUACGUGGUCGGCGGGUUCGAUGGCCACCACUUUUACGACUCAGUCGAGAUGUACGACCCAAAGGUGAACCAAUGGAGCCUGGUUGCUCCGAUGCAGAAUAUUCGCAGUGGCGUCAGUGUGGUCGCCUUCAAGAGCAAUCUUUUUGCAAUUGGCGGAAAUGACGGCCUCCAGCGCUUGCGCACCGUGGAACGCUACGAUCCGGAGACUAAUCAAUGGCAGAACAUGCCCUCGAUGAUCCGGCAACGGAGCAAUUUCUGCGUGGCCGUGCUAGAGGACAAGAUCUACGUAAUGGGCGGAUGGAGCGACGAGACCAACUCCACCAUCUCUUUGGUGGAACGAUGGCAGCCGUCGAUGCUGAACAGCUGGGAGCCAGUAAGGGAGCUUUACUUACCGGCCAGUGCCAAUUGCUGCUGCUCCGUCAAGGGUAUGGAGUUGAUUCGCGAUUUCUCUAUGGGCUAG